CGCCGGCCGGAGUGGGGACGUAGAUAGCCGUGGAGAAGUACGUUUCUCGCUACCCUCACCUGUCAUCUACUAUGGCGAGCCCGGUCCAGCCGCACCCCCAGUCUGGUGGCGGGAAGCGCAAGGGCAAAGCUCAGUACUUGCAGGCCAAGCGUGCUCGGCGCCGCGACGGCGGUGGGCCCCGUCAGCUAGAACCCGGCCUGCAGGGCAUUCUUAUCACAUGCAACAUGAACGAGCGCAAGUGCGUAGAGGAGGCCUACAUCCUACUCAGCGAAUAUGGGGACGACUUGUACGGGCCAGAAAAGUUUAUAGACAAGGAUCAGCAGCCUUCUGGAAGUGAAGAAGACGAUGAUGUGGAGGCUGCCUUGAAGAAAGAAGUUGGUGACAUUAAGGCAUCUAUGGAAAUGAAGCUAAGAAGAUUCCAGUCAGUGGAGAGUGGAGCGAAUAAUGUAGUCUUCAUCAGGACACUUGGAAUAGAACCUGAGAAAUUGGUGCAUCAUAUUCUCCAGGAUAUGUACAAAACCAAGAAGAAGAAGACUCGAGUUAUUUUACGAAUGUUACCCAUCUCAGGCACAUGCAAGGCUUUCUUAGAAGAUAUGAAAAGAUAUGCAGAAACUUUUUUGGAACCCUGGUUUAAAGCUCCAAAUAAAGGGACAUUUCAGAUUGUGUACAAAGCUCGAAAUAACAGUCACAUGAAUAGAGAAGAAGUUAUCAAAGAAUUGGCAGGAAUAGUAGGAAGCCUCAAUUCGGAAAACAAAGUGGAUCUUACCAAUCCACAGUACACAGUGGUAGUAGAAAUCAUUAAAGCUGUCUGUUGCCUGAGUGUUGUGAAAGAUUACGUGUUGUUUAGAAAGUAUAAUCUCCAGGAGGUGGUGAAGAGUGCUGAGGACUCCCCGCAGCUUAACUCCAAGCAGACAGCACAAGCAGGAAAUGGAAAAAAAGCUAAAUUGGAAGCUGGUGACAGAUCAAAUCAAAAUGACCCAGCAGAAGAAAAAAAUAACCAUCAGGUGGUACCAGAAAAUAGUGAGAAGCUGGGCCAGACAAAACCAGUGUCUGAGACAUUGGUGGCAAAUGAUGGAGGAGCUAAACCUGAACUUGCAAGUCAAAUCACAGAAGGAUUUGAUUCAAGUGAAAAUGACCUCUCAUAGGAAAAAAAAAAUCACUUGGUGUUGGAGGUGGGUUUCUCAACUGGGAUUCUGUGAACUGUUGCUGAGAUUUCUUAUAAAAUUUUUACUGAAAAUUUUGUUUCUAAACCUCUUGUGCUGCAGAACACUGUGCUCACAGUGCUGAACGAUGACUGAGCAGCCCUACUGACAGUUUCAUUAGAUUGUUUCAGCCCUGUGUGGCAGUGUACAGUCAGCCCAUGUUCAUUUGAGUGAGCCGGGAGAAGCUGUGAAUAACUGGGGAACAUUCUUACACAUUAGGGGAGUGUGGUAGGAGGAUGACAUUGGCCUCUCUUUCAUGAUUAUCUCCCCCACCACCUCUGCGUUGCCAACUCACUAGUGGGAGCAAACCAGCUCUGUAAAAUAUAAACUUCAAGGAAAUUUUCAUUUUAAUGAAGGAAUUUUUGUGUGUUGCAACUCAGUUGUCUCCUGCCACUUUUUUGUAAACUUUGCAAAAACAGGGGUCAUAUAGGUUAGAAGUGAAUUGUUUUGUGACGUUUUUGUACUUUUUGUGGUUUCUUGUUUAGCUGUUAGGCCUUUUUUUAUAUUCUAGUGACAUUUGUUGCAAACAAAUCUGAUGGUCCAGUGUAACAGUUUUUGAAGGCAGGUGUGAUAUAGAAGAGGACCAUGCUAGGCAUAGAAUACAGACAUUUCUGAUAAGGUUAGUGAUUAAGAAUUACAGUCUUCUGGAGUUACUUGAGGACAUUGGUGCAAUAAGACAGAGAUAGAUUCUUGCAUUACGGUGAAAGCUACUUCUCAAUGGUUAUAUGGACUCAUAAUCCAAGCUGUCCUAUUCCAUUGUACAUUCUCUAUAGAAUGGAACUUAUAAACCUAGCAUUUGUUCCGGCAGUUAUAACUAUAAUUCGUAGCCAUUUGAUAAGUAAAGAUGUUGAUUAUUUUGUGAUUUUUGGAAUAUCAAAACAGUAAAGCUUUUGUUCAUAAAAAUCACAUUCAGUGAAAAGUUAAUUUCACAUAGUUGGUAAGAAUCUAAUAAUACCAACAUUGAAAAGCCAGGGCAAGAAGUUAAGAAAUUGAGAUUUUACUCUAAUUUAAGAAAUUGACAUGUCACAUGAAGCUAAAAAGUUUUUUUGUCAUUAACUGCAAAAAACCAGGUUUUCUAUCUGGGAUGAUAAGUCAACGAAUUUCACAAAUAUUUAUUUCUUAAUUUAUUUUUUAAUCUUUCAAUUACAGAUGACAUUCAAUAUUAGUUUUAGGUAUACAGCAUAGUGGUUAGACAUUUAUAUAAGAAAGAUAUUUGAAAUGGUAUAGCAUAUGCAAGAAUUAUAAAUGUUGAUGAAAUUCAAAAAAACUUUUCUGCUACUAGGAGCCUCUCAAAGACCACUACACACUUAAUGGGUCUUAUCUGAAAACCAAAAGUCUGUCACCUGUACUUGUGGUGGCCCAUCAGUGAUUACUUCAUGACAAGCUUUGCCUCAUUUUAUUAAAAGAAAAAUCCUAAUAUUGAUGUUAUAGCACACUUCUUUCUUCACAGAGAGGUACUGAUAAAAAAAACUGAUUGAAAUGAAUGUUUUGGAUAAUGCUACAAAAAUGGUUAACUUUGUUAAAGAUCCAUUCAUUCAAGAAUGUUUUUAAAAAAUCCCCCCCCCCCCAAAAGAAACCCUGAAUAAAGAGCGCAUAACUCUUUUACAUAUAGAACCCAGUGGCUUAUUAGAGGAAGGUACCUUAGUUGUAAGGUGAAUUAGCAGAGUACUUACAAGAAAAUACUGGGUCACAUUUUGCUGAAUGCCAUGAAGAUGAAGAAUGGCUACAGGUACUAGUCUACUUAGCAGACAUUUCUCAUUGUGUGAACAAAUGAACACGUAUCUGCAGGGUCCCAGAGAAAAUGUUUUUUCUUAAAAGUGACAAGAUUCUUAGGUUAAAAAGAAAUGGACUCUGGAACAUACUUCUUGCUAGAGGAACUCUCGAAAUGUUUCCACAGCCACUUGGGCUUGAGAAUGAAGGAAAGUAACAAGUCCGAAGCCAUUAAAACUCUCCUUGAAGAACUGCAAAACCAAAUUAAAUAGUACUUUUCCUUUUUUUCCUAAUACUUGUAUAUGUCUGGGAAAGGAACCUCUUUUCUAAGUCUUCAGCCUGUGAUUUUUGUCUGAAAGAAGAGAAUGAAUGAACUAAGUCUUAGCCUGACAGUUCUGAAUUUCUGUGACAUAGAGUAUCCUUACUUGGAAAGUUUUUUUCAAGGGUUCCUCCAAGGCAAAACUACAGAAAAAACCUGGAAGAGACAGACAGCAAAGAGAGUUCUGAAGUUAAAUGUCCAGACUGAGAAUAUCAAAAGGUUGUGAAGUUAGUUUUUGGAGAUUUAUUCUUAAAUUUUAAGAAGUUUGGAAGUAUUACAAAUGGGAAGUCUUCCCACAAACAUAGUGGCUAUGUUUGUUUAAUGACUAGAGAGCAUGGGAAUAUAUUUUUAUCCUCCUAGCUAGAAGCUAGACUGGAAGGAUUUGGAAGGGGCAAAGAGAAUAGACAUUGGUAAUGCAGAUGAAGUCGGAACUUCCCUGUGUAUCUUUGCAUUACAGGGUCUGUUCAGAAGGUAUCCAAACAUGUAAUAUGAAAAAUAGAGAUACAAGAAACAUUGUACAUAAGACAAUGAUGCCUCAGUCCCCUUCGAAGUGGACACCUUGAGACCUCACACAGUUCUUCCAAUUGCCAUCAGUUGCCCUGUCUUAUUUUCCUGAAUCUCAUUGACUAUCUGACAUCUCUUCCCCUUCAAAGGUGAUUUGAGUUUUAGGAAAGACCAGAAGUCACAGGGCGCCAAAUCUGGGCUGUAAGGGCACUGAGUCACCAGGGUGAUUUGAUGGUUCACCAAAAAACUGCAUGAGAUGUGAUGCAUGAGCAGGGCACGUUGUCAUGAUGAAGCUGCCAGUCACCAGUUGCCCAUAGCUGUGCCCUUCUGAAUUAAUCUGAAUAGUCUCCACAGAGGACUGUUUAAGCUUAAUGCAAAACAUAUGAUGCAGAUUUGUUGCUCUACUUGCUCAGUCAUUUUGUAUGUGACAGCCAUAUGGUACACAUGCCUACUUAGUGGCAUCUACCACCCACACUGACUAGUAGAGUGAAGUCGUCAUUGUCCGUACAUGCGCAUUCCAGUUCACUGUCCUUGGCUGCCAGGUUAUAUUGAUGUCAUGCAAACUGUUCUGAUAUUAACAAUGACUGUACUUUUCCUGGGCAGACCUGUACUUGAAUUAACUUUUAAUAGGUUGAAGUCAUCUUAAAAGGAUGAUAAGAGCAUUCUAAGUAUCAUUUUGGGGAACACAAAAUAGGAUUUUGAUGCCUUAUCACAUUUGUUCCAAGUCAAAGAUUUCUUUUAUUUCAAUAGUGGAAGACUCUGGGACUAUGGGAAUAAAAUUGGCCUAAAGCACACAGAACAUAACAGCUCUGCAGAACUGGGUUCCUUUUAGUGUGAGAAAGCUGCUACUGUGGUGUAGUAGUUAGUUUUAAUUCCCUUUUGUAUUCAUUUGUAUUCCAUGACCUGAAUCUGACAGGAGCUGUGCUUCCCCAGCUAUAAAGUGCUGUAUUCUGUUGGAAUCUGAAUUUAUUCAGUGAAAUACUUGUUUUCAAGUUUACCAACUGUUAAUUUUCACUGGCAUUUGAGCAUGUUAUUUUAUAAAUGAUGAGAUUUCUGGUUAGAAUUGAAUGCUUUUCUUUUUCUUUUAAAAAAUUAUGUCAUUUUAAAAAAGUUCACCUUAAGUGUUUUAAUUCAGUAAACUUGUUUUGCUUUACGAAGGGAAGAGUGUUAAACUUGCUACUUUAAAACAUGUUUCCCUAAGGUUAAACAUGCUUUCUAAAUGUUAUUUUUAGUUGUAUUGUUUUUGAUACCACAAAAUAUUGAGCUUAUUUUUUAUAGUUCCUGAUAUUUUUAGGAAAAAAUCAAAAUAAACUUGUUCCACAAA